UCGUACUUCGCUUCCACUUACAAUUUUUCUUUCGUCAUUGUUUGGCUGUGAGGCCAUUGGUUUAAACUGAUAUAUUUGGAAGUCGAAGAUUUUUAAUAAAAUGAGAAAAGCCAUUUUCCUGCAAUUUUUAACUGGAGUAUUGGCUUGCUUGAGUGUCUUUUCGGUUAAUGCAGAAGACCCAUAUCGAUAUUAUACAUGGACUGUUACUUACGGAACAGUUUCUCGUCUCGGUGGUCAUCAGCAGGGAAUUCUAAUCAAUGGUCUUUUUCCUGGACCUCCAAUUGAAGCCGUCACUAAUGACAACAUAAUUGUAAAUGUCAUUAACAAAUUGGAUGAGCCUUUCCUCAUUACAUGGAAUGGAGUUAAGCAAAGAAGAACCUCAUGGCAAGAUGGAGUGCUGGGAACCAAUUGCCCAAUCCCUCAAAACACAAACUGGACAUACAAAUUCCAGUUGAAAGAUCAAGUGGGAACCUAUAAUUACUUCCCUUCAACACAAAUGCAUAGAGUUUUUGGAGGUUAUGGGGCUCUUAAUAUUGCAGCAAGGUCUGUCAUAUCAAUUCCAUAUCCCAUACCUGCUCAAGAAUUCACUAUUCUCGUCAGUGAUUGGUACAAGAACUUUGGUGACCACAAGGCUUUGCAGAAAAGACUUGAUGAUGGCCAUGCAUUGCCAGUUCCUGAUAGUCUUCUUAUCAAUGGCCGGCCGAACUCAUUGUCCUUUACUGGUCAAAAAGGAAAAACCUACAAAUUCAGGGUAUCAAAUUUAUGCAUAGAAACAUCCAUCAACUUCAGGAUCCAGGGUCAUACGAUGACACUUGUUGAAGUUGAAGGAGCUCACACUUUGCAGGAAGUGUAUGAGUCGAUUGAUGUUCAUGUGGGUCAAUCUGUAGCUGUUGAAAUUACAUUAAAUGGGUCACCAAAAGAUUAUUACAUCGUUGCUUCUUCUCGUUUCACUAAGCCUAUUCUUACUACUACUGCUAUUCUUCAUUAUGAUGGCUCUCAUACUCCACCUUCUCUUCCCUUGCCUAUUGCUCCCACUUAUCACCUUCACUGGUCUAUGAAGCAAGCCAGGACCAUCAGAACGAAUUUGACAGCAAAUGCAGCCAGGCCCAAUCCUCAAGGAUCAUUCCAUUAUGGUCAAAUACGAGUUGUGAGGACCAUCGUUUUAGAGAAUACAGCAGUAAAGAUAAACGGCAAGCUUCGAUAUGCUGUUAAUGGGAUCUCCUAUGUGGAUCCAUCCACCCCAUUGAAGCUUGCUGAUUGGUAUAACAUUUCUGGUGUCUUUGAUUUAAAAACCAUCAAGGACAAACCCACUCAUGGCGCCCUCGCCAAGGCUGGUGUCUCUGUCAUUGGACUUACUCUUCAUGACUACGUUGAAAUCGUCUUCCAGAACAACGACACAACUGUCCAAUCUUGGCAUCUCGAUGGAUCCAGUUUCUAUGUUGUUGGUUAUGGUGGUGGUCAAUGGACAACUGAUAUGAAGAAAAAGUACAAUUUGGCUGAUGCUGUUUCCCGACACACCGUUCAGGUAUAUCCAAGUUCUUGGAGCGCAGUGUAUGUGUCAUUGGACAACAAGGGUAUGUGGAACUUGAGGUCUGCUAUCUGGUCAAGACGGUAUUUGGGUCAGCAAUUAUAUCUACGAGUAUGGAACAAUGAACAUAGCGUGUAUACAGAGACUGAUGUUCCUCCAAAUGCAUUAUAUUGUGGCAAGGCCAAGCGCCCAUAGGCCGUAGCAUCAUUGUUUGUUCUUGGUGUAAUGCAUUUCUCUUUUGAUAUAUAUUUUUUUUCUUAAGUUUUGAGUCACGAGGGUGACUUUUGGGGGGGAAGGAGCAUGGUAUCUAAUUAGGCUGAGAUUAUUGUACGUGUUAGGUUACUUUCAAAUUAUAAUCCUAAU